CUGCCAGAGACCGUCCAUCUCCUCUUCACCCCCACCGCCUCCGCCAUCCUCCAUCUCCACCCCGCAUCCCCCUCCGCGCCGCUCUCCCUCUCCGACCUCACCACCGAUCCAUUCCCCCCCGCUUCCCCCUCCACCGACGACGGGCCCGAACAGCAGACGCCCGGCGCGCCCGCUUCCGUGGCGUACGGCAAGGGCGCCCUCAGCGGCCUCGGCGGGUAUGUAGGCCUCGGCGCGCUCGGGAGACAGCAGAGUCCUGUCGGCACACGCACAGUCGGCGGUGAAGUCUUGCUCGCGCGACAAGACACCGGCGUAUUCUACUCCUCCGAGGGCAACUAUACCAGACAGCGAUCCGUCCACUGGCCAUCGCCUCCACACGGCAUCGCAUUCUCAAACCCAUACAUCUACUCUAUCCUACCCCCCUCUCUCACUCCAUCACCCGCGUCGCCGCCCACAACCCACAUCCAGAUCCACCUCGCACCUACCCUAUCCCUCCGCCAGACAGUGGCUAUACCCCCUCCCGCUGCAGGAAGCUGGGGCACAGUCUCUUUCUGUGCCGUUUCCUCGCAUGCAGAGUCUACACCCAAACUGCUCAUCGCCACCUACCCGACAGACAAAUCCCUCCACUCGCAGGGAAGCGCCAUCCACCUCCUCUCGUCCCCACCCCUCCCGUCCGAAGUCGAGCACCUCUUGCUAGACGGCCGCAUCGAUGACGCCAUCGGGCUCGUCGAAGCUGUCGGCGAGGCCGCCUUUGCGACGACGAGCGUCCUGCGGCCCCUGGGACAUCCAGAUACCCCACCGCCGCCGCCACUCACCCACCUCAAAAUCCUUCAAGCUGUCCAACUCUUCGCCCUCGGAUCGUACCAAGCCGCCAUGGAGGUGUUUGUCCUCUACAACGUCAACCCUGCGCUCGUGCUCUCGCUUUUCCCGGGGAAAAGUAUUUCGGAAAAGCUGGGCGUGCGGAAGGAGGGGUGGAUGGAGUUGUUUGGUGCGCCGCGGGGCGCGAGCCUGGGUGCGGGCGAGCAAACACAAAGCGUGCACGUAAACGAAGAAAAAGGCGGCGAUGCGUCCAGUGUAAAGAGUACAAACACGAGUGUAAAAGCUAGUCAAGGCGAUGACGAACCGCCCAAAGCAGCCCUCGAAGCACUCAUGUACUUUCUCUCCGACCGCCGCCAAAAGCUAACCGGCGCCAUAUCCGCCCUCCCCCCCUCCUCCCCGCUCCCCGCCGAAUCCUCCCUCCCCGCCUUCUCCUCCCUCCCCGCUCCCGCCCUCCACUCCCUCCCGUCCAUCAUACCCUUCGCCGAGAUGAGCCCGGAAGAACUGGUGAGGAUGGCGCAGGUGGUGUACACCGGCUUGAUGAGGGUCUACCUCAAAGCGAGGCCGGUGUUGGUAGGCAGUUUGUGUAGGAUCGAGAAUUGGUGUGAUGUCAAAGAGGUCGAGGGGUUGUUGAAGGAGGAAAGGAAAUUCAGCGAUUUGAUAGAUCUUUAUCAAGGGAAGAAGAUGCAUAGAAAAGCGCUGACGAUGCUGCGCGAACUGGCAAAGGAAGAAGACGAUAAACUAGAUCGCUACCCGCCCACCAUCUCGUACCUACACAAACUCGGAGCAGCCGAUCUGGAUCUUAUUCUAGAAUCCUCGAAAUGGAUACUGGAAGAGGAUCCGGGAAUGGGUCUCACCAUAUUCACGGCGGAUGAACCCGAGAUUGAAUCCCUCCCCCGGGACAGGAUCACAUCCUUCCUCUCCUCCAUCGACCGAGGAGCCUGUGAGGGUUAUUUGGAAUAUAUCAUCUGGACCCUAGGCGAAAAGGGGGGCGAGUUUCAUGAUACGCUUGCAGAGCUUUACAUGGUUGAUUCGCGAGUCAAAGUUGAGUCCGGAGCCGAAGCCGGGGCGUACGAUAAGCUGUUGGCGUUCUUGAACGAUUCGACUCAUUAUAGACCGUAUCGGGUGAUGAACAAGCUCUCUGGCAAAGAGAUGCCAGAGGCAAGAGCGAUUCUUUUAGGAAGGAUGGGCAAGCAUGAAGAAGCGCUCAAGAUUUACGUGUACCGUUUACAAGACUAUGCCGCUGCUGAAUCGUAUUGCGUUAAAGCUUACCAAUCAACAAACAACGUCUUCCUCCUCCUUCUCCAACUCUAUCUCCGUCCUCCACCCCCUUUAUCGCCAUCCCCCACACCCAAACCCAAACCCACACCCAAAUCCACGCCCGCCUCCACCCACCUACCACCUGCUCUCUCCCUCAUCUCCAAACACUCCACCUCCCUCCCCCCCUCCUCCGUCCUCGACCUCCUCCCCCCACUCGUCUCCAUCGCCGACAUCCACCCAUUCUUCAUAAAGACUUUACGGGAGGAACACCGGCGUAAGCUCGAGGGAAGGGUGAUGAGGCAGCUCGGCAAGGGGAGGAAAGACGAGGUGGAGGAAAUGUUGAUGGGGUUGGAAGUCAAGAGGGUGAGAGUGACGGAUCAGAGAAUAUGUCCGCAAUGCCACAAGAGACUGGGCAUGUCUGCCAUUGCAGUGCACGCGCCAAGAGGCGAAGUGACGCAUCUCCAUUGCAAGGACAGGUUUAGUGCAAAGCUGGCUGCUUCCAGAGAAUAGUAGCUCUUUUCUUUCAAUCCUAUAGUUGUAAUACCCAGCAUCCACUUGCUACUAAAUGUCUUUUCUCCAAGCGUCGAAAUGUACAAAUAUAUCUAGCCCGGGACAAUGCAUCACAAUGCUAUGCUAUAAC